AUUAAAAAACAAAAUACUAUAUGAUUUAGUUUCAAAAAUAAAUAUUAGAAAAACCUUUAAAAACCCAAUCGGGCCACCGGCAUGGUCGAGAUUCAGCAACCCUUGAUAGAUCUGACGGGUCAAAACGAGGAAGGUUACCCUAACUUUCCCGCAAUAAAGUUAGAGAAUCUCUUUCAUUUUCUUAGUUCGUACAAAGAAAAGAGAGAGAUUCAUAGAAUAGAAUAUCAUCGUGUCUGUCUGAGAAGGAAGAUUGAACGAAAAAUGGAAAGCAGCGCCGCACUUACGAGCAGCAUUCGACUAACUUCUUCGAUCUGCGUCUCUCGUCAUUCUUCCCCUUUUCUUUCUCCACCCAAACGUUCUCCCUCCUUUUCCCUCAAGCUCCAAAACCACUUUCCUUCCAAUUCCCAGAAUGUUCUCCAAGCUUCUUCUUCUUCCCUCAGACCUUCCGCUACUGUUUCCGCGAUUGAGUUGGCAGACAUAGAUUGGGACAACCUUGGAUUUGGUCUUCAACCUACUGAUUACAUGUAUUUCAUGAAAUGUGAUCAAGGUGGAACCUUUACUAAGGGUCAAUUAAAGCGUUUUGGGAAUAUUGAAUUGAAUCCUUCUGCUGGUGUUUUAAACUAUGGACAGGGAUUAUUUGAGGGUUUGAAAGCGUAUCGUAAAGAAGAUGGGAAUAUACUACUCUUUCGCCCGGAAGAAAAUGCUUUACGGAUGAAGAUGGGCGCCGAGCGGAUGUGCAUGCCAUCACCUAGUGUAGAACAGUUUGUGGAAGCUGUGAAAGAUACAGUUUUAGCAAACAAACGUUGGAUCCCCCCUCAGGGUAAAGGUUCCUUGUACAUUAGACCUUUGCUAAUGGGAAGUGGAGCUGUACUUGGGCUUGCACCUGCUCCAGAAUACACUUUUCUAAUAUAUGUUUCACCAGUUGGGAACUACUUCAAGGAAGGUUUGGCUCCAAUCAAUCUGAUUGUGGAGAGUGAACUACAUCGUGCAACUCCUGGUGGCACUGGAGGUGUGAAGACCAUUGGAAACUAUGCCGCUGUUCUUAAGGCACAGUCUGCAGCUAAAGCUAAAGGUUACUCUGAUGUUUUGUACCUUGACUGUGUGCAGAAAAGAUAUUUGGAGGAGGUUUCUUCCUGCAAUAUAUUUGUUGUUAAGGGUAACGUUAUUUCAACUCCAUCUAUCAAAGGAACUAUCCUGCCUGGCAUUACUCGAAAAAGUAUAAUUGAUGUUGCUCGAAGCCAAGGAUUCGAGGUUGAGGAGCGAUUAGUGUCGGUGGACGAAUUGGUAGAGGCCGACGAGGUCUUCUGCACAGGAACAGCUGUGGUUGUAUCACCUGUUGGCAGUGUUACUUAUCAUGGCAAGAAGGUAUCUUAUGGAGAUGGUAUCGGAGCGGUUUCACAGCAACUUUAUACCGUCCUUACUAGACUACAGAUGGGUCUUGCAGAGGAUAACAUGAAUUGGACUGUUGAGCUGAGAUAAGAACAUUGAGAAUAGCCUGCCUGCACUGCAUCUUUUUCUGAAAUCAUUUUCUUAAAUUUUGCUUUUAUAUUUGAUGAGGUUCUGUAGAUAUACUUUUGUGUGUAUUGCUAUUUAUUUAGUGAACUAUAGCAAGCAGCACGUAAAAAAAUAAUUCUGCAUGUUUAUUUUCUUGCCAGCUGGGGCAGUCAUUAUCGGCAGGUUAGUUAACCUAUUUUGCUUGAAAAUUAGACAUUCUAGAAGCUGUAAUUGUGUACCCUAGAUAUUAGUUGAUGUUUUUGUUGUUUUGACUAUUUUUUUAUGGGAAGUAGAGGGGUAAAAAAUGACCACACCAAAAGCUUGCUCUACUUACGUGCCUAAUGUUUGCGAAAUAAAAUCAGUUAGUCGAGUGGCUGCAA